GCGCGCCCCGCUUGGUCUGGGUGACCGCCGCCCCGCUGCCUCCCGAGGAGAAGGCGGAAGCGGCGCCUGGCGGGUAGCGGCGGCGGGGCCGCGGGUCGGCGGGCGUUUCUGUGUAGCACUUGAUUAGCUACUAUGAGCUUACUAUAUAGUAAUAACGGUUGUGGAGCCCGAGACGUGGAAAGCGGCUGCUGUGCAGCCAUGGCCAGUGCCUGCAGCGUUGGAGCAAAAGAAGACAGCGUAAGCGUCAGCAGUGGGACGGGAAACCCUCCAAGCUCUUUCACAGAGGAAACACAAGGAUAUGAUGUGGAGUUUGAUCCGCCCUUGGAAAGUAAAUAUGAAUGCCCAAUCUGUUUGAUGGCUCUUCGGGAAGCAGUGCAGACACCGUGUGGACACCGUUUCUGCAAAGGCUGCAUUGUCAAAUCAAUAAGAGAUGCAGGUCACAAAUGUCCAGUAGACAACGAAAUUCUACUCGAAAAUCAACUUUUUCCUGACAACUUCGCUAAACGGGAAAUCCUUUCAUUAAUGGUUAAGUGUCCCAACAAGGGCUGCAGUAUGAAGAUGGAGCUGAGGCAUUUAGAGGACCACCAGUUGCAGUGUGAUUUUUCCACUGUGGAGUGCCCACAGUGCCAGGGAGCCUUCCAGAAGAACCAUCUGAAAGAACACGUGACACAGGAGUGUCCGAGGCGUCAAGUCUGUUGUCCAAACUGUGCCACAUCUAUGGCCUAUGAAGAUAAAGAGCUUCAUGACCAAACCUGUCCACUCGCCAAUGUAUUUUGUGAAUAUUGCAACACGGUGCUCAUCAGAGAGCAGAUGCCUAACCAUUAUGACAAUGAUUGUCCUACUGCCCCAGUACCAUGUUUUUACAGUGCGUUUGGGUGUCCUGAAAAGAUGCAAAGGAAUGAACUGGCACGACAUAUGCAGGAGUUCACUCAGGUUCACAUGAGAAUGAUGGCUCAGAGUUUUCAAAAUAUCAGUGUUACUGCUACAAAUCCUGUACCCUUCAUCAAUGGCCUACCCUUUGAGCCUGCCCUUUUCUCACAUGUGUCACAUGCCGCAUAUGAUUGUAAUCCAGAAGUUGAAAACUUCAAAGAAACUAUUCAGCAGUUGGAAGGUCGUCUGGUAAGACAAGAUCAUCAAAUCAGAGAACUCAUUGCUAAAAUGGAGACUCAGAACACUCACAUGGCAGAACUCAAACGUACUAUCCGAAAUUUGGAGGGAAAGAUAACUGAAAUGGAGGCACAGCAAUGUAAUGGUAUUUAUAUCUGGAAGAUUGAGAACUUCAGUGGACUUCAGAAAGCUCAGGAAGAAGAGAGACCUGUUGUAAUGCACAGUCCUGGCUUCUAUACUGGAAAGCCUGGCUACAAGCUGUGUUUGCGCCUGCAUAUCCAAUUACCAAAUGCUCAGCGUUGUGCUAAUUAUAUCUCUCUGUUUGUCCACACUAUGCAAGGAGAAUAUGACAGCCAUCUGCCUUGGCCUUUCCAAGGCACCAUACGACUUUCUAUUUUGGAUCAAUCAGAAGGCCCUGAAAGGCAGAAUCAUGAAGAAGUAAUGGAAGCCAAGCCAGAGUUACUAGCCUUCCAGAGACCAACAAUUCACCGCAAUCCAAAAGGUUUUGGUUAUGUGACUUUCAUGCACCUGCAAACCUUGAAACAAAGAACCUUUGUAAAGGAUGAUACCCUUCUAGUGCGCUGUGAAGUUCUAACUCGUCUAGAUUUAAACAGUCUUCGCAGAGAAGGAUUUCAGUCUCGCAGUACUGAUGGAGCUAUGUAGCUUGUAAGUCUUAACCAGAGGAAUGGAGCCACUAGUCAUGUUGUUCUACCACAGUUACAAGUGUGCUUCAUUGUCAUUGUAGGGUGCAUUUGGAAAAGAUCAUAGUUGCCAAGAUAGUUGAUCUUCACCUGAAUAGAACUUUGUUGUUGCUGGUAUACUUUUUUUUUUUUGUAUAAGGUCAUAUGUUCAAAUAUUUGGUAUUGUUCUCUAUUAAAGUAAUAAGCUACUUCUGUAGCAAGCUAACUAAAUGAAGUGCUGUUAAUUAAAACUUAACUGCCUACAAGAAAAUCCUACUGAAGUAUGUGUACAUCUCGGUUUGGUGAAACUUACGUCAGAAAAGACCUGUAAAUCUUUUUGCCUCGGUGCCUUGGAAUAGAUACUGUAGCAGGGAAAUCGCUAAAUUAAUAAAGAUGAGGGGAGUUUGUUUGUUUUUCACAGAGCUUGGAAAAGUUAAGACAGUUUCUGUAUUGCCUCAUGUGGAAUUUUGAAUUGGCUAUGAAUCCGAAGUCAGGUUAAGACUUUGCUUACCUAACCUGGAGUUGAUCGCAUUACCCUUCCCUCCUGCGGAGUUAGCUUCAGGAAGUUGCAUGUUGAUGUAGAGUUGAUACUAGUAUUUCUGAAUGACAUAGGGUAGUGUUGUGGAGAAGGCUAAAUGACUCUGAGCUGAGUUCACUGAAGAAAUAUUUGUGGUCUGAAAGUGCUCCCCUAAUUCUCUUUAUUUUGAUAAUCUUUUUGUAAGUGUGCUCUGGGCCCAGAAUGUCUAUCACCAUCGCCUGAUUGAAAAAAGUGUAGCAUUUGAAUGAGAUACUUUUGUGCUGGUGGGAUCUCCUCCUAGCACUGGACAUUUUUCAGGUUGUGAGUGGAUACAUGAGCAAAGGUAUGUACAAACUAGAUACUGUGAUGCAGAACUUGUUUUACUGUUGUUGAAACCUGAAUUUGUACCAAAGCUGAACUUGUGACCUGUGUCUGUUCAAGUGAUCUCUUGGUGUUCUGGGUGAUGUAUGACCUAUGUCAUCUCAUAUGAAUUCUCAGUGAACAUCUGGCCAUACCAGCAUCCAGCUGUUGUGGAUAUUUCCUAUCCCAUUAGACAAUAGGAGCUGGGCCACCCUCAACACUUUGGAGGGGAAGAAAAGCCUAUUAAUUAGAGAAUGUGAGGAAAAAAUGCAAUCCUGUUUGCUCUUAAGAAAAAAAUAUGGCUUCCAUAGUUACUCAUUUACCAAACACUAGAUUCACUAUGUCAAGAAUUCAUGCGCUUACUAAUGUUGCAUGUAUUAUUGUUUUCUGUACUGUUUGUAUGCCAUAUAAAUGUUAGUUUUCACCAAAGCUGAGUAGUUCAGGUUCACCGGUGCUAAAAAUUGUAACUUAUUGUGGUGCUGAUAAAGUUCUGAACCUUGUCUCCAAAAGGAGGAAAGAAAAAAGUUUUGUUCACCCCACAACUUAAGUACACGAUCUGAUACCAAAGAAAGAACUACGCCAUAUGUAAGCAUAUGUGUAUUAUUUCUCCAAGCUAGUAAAACAACCUAAAGACUUGAGACACUGCAACUUGAAAGAUAAUGAAGAGUAUUCCAACUGUUUGGCCUCAUCAAAGCAAUCCCAUGGGGAUCAUCAGUGGGGAAAGCGCAUAUGCUUAAUAUAUACAAGGCUAAUGAAAGCCUACUGUAUAUGCUAUAAGUAUAUUGAUUUGGGAGGAUUCUCUGCCUGCCUGCCUGAGAUUAAAAGUUACGGGACCCAACCUACCACUUUGUUCAUCAUAUCCAGAUGAGUAAAAUUUAUUUCGGAGACAGAGCCUAUUAGUUGAAGGACUGUGUUCAAUGGAGUAUUGUCACUACUGAAACAUGAACUUCCUGGCUAAUGGUAAAUGCAGUCAGUUGUUGGCUUAUUUAGUGUAUUCUGUGCGUUUAGAGGACAGGUAAGCAUAUAUUACUCAAAAUAGGAAAAGAUCCAUGCUUUAAAACUGUCUUUUUAAAUCUCUUAAGUACUUUUUAUACUGAAUAGCCUCUUUGUAUUGGCUGAAUUUUUUCAGUGACUUCAGUUAGAGCAUUCCUAGUAGUUAAACCAUUCUUAACCAAGAACUUUUAAUGUAUGUGGCAGUGCCCAGACCCACUAUAUACAGAAGGCGCUGUACACUAGUUCUCCAAUCACUUUCAAGCUAUGUUAGUUAUUCAUGUUUUUCCAAGAUGCUCAAAGACUACCAUUCUCCUCUCUUUAUUUUGGGGAGGGUUGAGGGGGAGGGGCAGAAGAAGCAUUUGUAACUUGAGAGCUUCUUCCUGCCACAGUUCCUUUCUCAACCCUAACAAUAUUAACAAAAAUGUCCUUAGUCUGUGUUCUAAUAGUUUAUACCCAAGACCCAUUAAGUGCAUUAAUACUUUCUUUUCUUUCGAAGCUUUGCAGUUUUGCUUUGAGCCUUAUCUGAUAGAUCUGACAUACUUCUGCCUUGGGAGGAAACUUAGCUUGGUGGCAGGUUCAGGAGUUUAAAUGAUUCGGGUUAAUAUUGUACAAGAGCAAAAACCAAUAGGAAAUAGAAAGCUACUGCAUGUAUAAUACUAUAUUGGCCACAGUAAUAUGAAUGCUUUAUUCACUGCUGCUAUUCUACUGGGUUUGUAUUUUAAUAUUACCAAGUAGAACUCUGAGUGAUGCUAAAUUACUGUAAUGCCAGAGUUUUGCAUGAGAGACUUUCAGAGCUAAUCUGCUAAGUAUCAGUUAAAUCUUUGUCAUAAAAAUUAUAAAUUCUAAUGAAAUGUUUAUUUAUCUAUUUGUUUGAUUUUCCUCUUUCUUCCCGCACCUUCCUAGCUACCCUUCAUUUUAACUGCAGUUCCAGAGUUUUCUCUUACAAAUAAGAUCAUCUUCAGCUAAUGGAAGAAUUUAUGAGUCUACAUUGUUCCCAUCUCAAUGUGUAGUCUUCAUAACUGUUAUCUUUUAUUCCAACUUUUCUAAGGUUAGCACAAAGAGAUUCAGUUUCUAUGUAAAAAUAUAUUUUCACUGAAACAGCCUCUUUUCUUUUCCCCUUCCUCCAAAUCUAAUCUUCUCUUUUGAGAAAUUGGUUUACCGUGGUGGAUUUGAGGUAUAAUUGCUAGAACUACUUAUAUGGAAGAGAAAAGUAUGCAGUGUUGAGAGUGGUCUCUAAAACAAAUAUGAAGAAAUACGGGGAUUUAACCAGAUUCCUGUGUAAUUUCUUGAGGAAUGGCGUUCCUUAGUUCCAUAACUCUUGAUGCUUUGCAGCAUUACUGGAUCUCAAGGUGGUUUAGAAAGUGGCUUAGCUUCUUCUGUCUUCCAAAUUUCUGUUGUCUCGAAUGUGUUUUAAGUCAGCCAUUCUUGGUAUGUGUGUUUGCAAAGCUGCUAUGGCACAAAUUUUCCAAUUAUAAUAUAUUGCAAAUGUGUUUUCUUUUUGCCUCUGAAUGUCUUCCCCUGCAGGGCAGGGAAAAUUAUUUUACUAAAAACAUUGGUAUGUAAUGUAUAUGUGGGAGGUCAGAUAAUGUGAGAUGUAUAGACUUGUUUUUUUAAGUGGUCUCAUGAUAUGCCUGGUCAUGUUUGCUAUCAAGGGAUUAAACUUGCUAAUGAAAUAAAAUCGAGGUGGCCUUUCUGUUCUUACUUAGAGAUGUUUUCACAUCAAAUAUGUUGAUGACGGAUGCAAAAGAAUAUUCAGGGGUCAGUGUUAAUGGUUUGUAUUGGUUUGCAUUUGAACAGAAUGAAAGUGCUCCUGUUCCCUUGGAAGUACUGAUAGAUUCUUUAAUAUAUUUUGUAAUUAAUGCAGAGCUAUAUUUCUGACAAGAUUUUAAAAAAUAAACUAA